GAAUGUGCUUCUGGUAGAACACUUUGUGGUGAAAUGCAAAAUAAGCAAAAAAAUUUGGAAAGAGAUAUUUAUAUUGCUAUUAAUAAGGAUGUUCAAGGUAUACCCUCUCACAAUCAGACAUUCAAAUCUAUAGCCUAUGCAGAUGAUCUUACAAUAGGAGUUGGGAGCUCAUCAGACUGGCUAGAGAUACAUAAACUGUUUGACCUAUACGAGAGAGCCUCAAGUGCAAGAAUUAACAACCAGAAAACACAAAUUGUUCCACAAAUGAUAAUGGCGAGAAGAGCAAACCUCCCGGACGUAAUUGAUUUUAAGGCAGCCAAAGAAGGACUUAUAGCCAUCCACGAUUACCAAACUCAAAGACAUGCUCUCCAAACUCACGGCAAGAAAUUUUUCUUUCAAAGAAAGGAUUUUAAUCGCAAAAUCACUAAUACUUUCUUGCAUCUAGUACACAGCCUAUAUUCUCUCUCUAAGCAAAAAACAACUGCAGCACUAUCUGAACAACAUCAUGAAAUAGAUAAGCCUCUUGAUGAAUAUGAUUACAAUAAUGAAGCAGAGUUAGUUGCCUGUUCUAGCUAUUUACUUCUGGAUCAAUAUGUCAAUGAUAUUGAGAAUGUCAACGAUAUUGAAGGUGUCAACAAUAUUGAGAAUGUCAAUGAUAUUGAAAGUGUCAACAAUAUUGAAGGUGUCAACGAUAUUGAAGGUGAUGAUAUUGAAGAUGAUGAAAGUGGUGAUAGUGAACUAGAUGAUCAAAGUGAUCAAGAAGAAGACAAUGAAUUAGAUGAUGCUUACUCUAAUGAUUAA